AUGCACGCCCACGCCGCCGCCCACGCCGCCGCCCUCGCCGCCUUCCCCCCCACGCUCCACGGCCUCGCCCGCGCCCCCGCCGCCCCCGCCCGCCUGCCCGCCGCCGCCCGCCGCCGCCUCGCCGCAGACCUCACCGCCCUCGUCGCCGCCGGCCUCGCGCCCCUCUACCGCGCCCACGCCCGCCUGCUCUACCCCCGCCUCCGCGACCCCGCCGCCUGGCCCCGCUGCAAGCGCGCCGAGCUGCUCGACCCCGCCGCCCUGCACAUCCUCUACCGCGACCCCGCCGGCCGCCUCGCCUGCUUCAUCUCCCUGCUCCUGCCCGGCCCCGCCGACCCCGUGCUCUACAUCCUGGAGCUGCACGUCGCGGCCCCGUUCCGCCGCCGCGGCCUAGCCGCGGCCCUGCUGGACGCCGCCACCCGUACCGCCCGCGCCGCCGGCCUGACCCGCCUGGAGCUCACCGUCUUCACCGCCAACCGCCCGGCCCUGGCCCUAUACGCGCGCGCGGGCUUCCGCCCGCGCCGCGCGCUGCAUCCGGACCUCACUAUCAUGGUCUGCCGCCUAUAG